GCCGCCCGCCCGGCCCAGCUCCCGCCGCGAUCCCUCGCCUCGCCCCCGCCCGGCCAGCCCGGGGGCGCGCAGGGGGCAGGGCGGGCGUCCCGGCGAAGCCCGAGGGACGCCCGCGCGGGGCCCCUUUGUGGACUUCACGACCGCCAACAUCUGGGCGCAGCGCGGGCCACCGCUGGCCACCGCGCCGCCGCCGCUCCUUGGGGACCGUAGGAGGGGCAGCCCCAAGGCCAGAGACUUCGGUUUGGGACCAGCCCCCCGGGAUGCGGUAGCGGCCGCUGUGCGGAGGCCGCCGAGCAGCUGCAGCCGCCGCCGCGCAGAUCCACGCUGGCUCCGUGCGCCAUGGUCACCCACAGCAAGUUUCCCGCCGCCGGGAUGAGCCGCCCCCUGGACACCAGCCUGCGCCUCAAGACCUUCAGCUCCAAGAGCGAGUACCAGCUGGUGGUGAACGCAGUGCGCAAGCUGCAGGAGAGCGGCUUCUACUGGAGCGCGGUGACGGGCGGCGAGGCGAACCUGCUGCUCAGCACCGAGCCCGCCGGCACCUUCCUCAUACGCGACAGCUCGGAUCAGCGCCACUUCUUCACGCUCAGCGUCAAGACGCAGUCGGGGACCAAGAACCUGCGCAUCCAGUGCGAGGGGGGCAGCUUCUCGCUGCAGAGCGAUCCUCGGAGCACGCAGCCAGUGCCCCGCUUCGACUGCGUGCUCAAGCUGGUGCAUCACUACAUGCCGCCCUCCGGCGCCCCCUCCUUCUCCUCGCCCCCAACCGAACCCUCCUCCUCGCCCUCCUCCGAGGUGCCCGAGCAGCCGUCGGCCCAGCCGCUCCCGGGGAGCCCCCCCAGGAGAGCCUAUUACAUCUACUCGGGGGGUGAGAAGAUCCCUCUGGUGUUGAGCCGGCCCCUCUCCUCCAACGUGGCCACUCUCCAACAUCUCUGUCGGAAGACCGUUAACGGCCACCUGGACUCCUAUGAGAAAGUCACCCAGCUGCCUGGGCCCAUUCGGGAGUUCCUGGACCAGUACGAUGCCCCCCUUUAGAGAGCAAAGGGCGGGGUAGGGGCUAGGGGCCCGGGUCCCCUCUCCUCCAUGGCACAUGGCAUAAGCACAAGAAUCCAGCCGUGAGAGUCCUGCAGCUCUGGGUGAGCUAGGGGGCGGACGGGCCCCUCCCUCCGGUCCUCCCCCCGCAGAACUGGGCGGGUGGUACCUGGAAUGUGUUUGAGGGGAGGGGGAGAGCCACCUGAGCGCCCCUCCCCAACGCCAGCUUCUCCGGAAGAGCCGGCUGGCCCAGGGGGACCACAGCAACGACCUCAGUGGAUUCUCUCUCCUCUCCCGCUUUCUCGACCCCCCUGCGCUUCCAAACAGGGGACACUGCGGGCGUGUUGAACUGGUGAGAACUGCCGGGGAAUCUUCGAACUUUCCAAAGGAACUUGUUUGCUCUUUGAUUUGGUUUAAAACAGAGCUUUAAACCUGAGCAGGUCGCGGGCCUGGAAAAGGGUGGACGAGAGAGAGGGCGCCUCAGGGGCCCAGGGCUACCGGCUGGCCGAGGAAAUGGUCACCCCCAUCGCCCAGCCCAGGUGAGGAGGGUGGCUGCCUGCUCCACCUCUGGCACUGGGGAGAAGGGCAAGGGGUGACCUGAAGGGGACCUUUCUGCUCCCCCUCUUCCUCCCGCUUCGGACAGCCACCGGAAACACAGGUCCUAGAGUCCAUCUAAUGCUGGAGAGCCCAGGGCCCUUCCCCCGUUUUAAGGGGGGAGUGGCAUUUGGAAGGGGACGGGCUGGCUGGUCAAUUCUUCUUUCCCCACCCAUGUGAUACCUUUCAGCACCUGGGGGAUGGGGCUGGAGGGGAUGGAGAUGAGCCACCUUUGACCCCAGAUCCUGGACAGAGAAAAUGGGGGAUUCUACUUUGUGCCUCCUGACUAUAUCUGGCUAGGAGAUUUGCCUUAAAUGCUCCCUGUCCCAUGGAUAGGGACUGGCACACAAGAAGCCACACACUCAGCCAAGCCAGUCAGAGGCCAAGAGGUUCUCAGAGGGGCAUGCACCGGCCACACGCCAUUUGGCGGGGGAGGUCGGAGAUGGAUGGGAGGGGGGCAGAGAUCCAUGCCUUCCACCUGAGCGCAGGAAGAAUGCCAGCCCAGUUGGUACUGGCCGGCCAGUGGUGCCUGGGCUCUGGCCAGAGCAGAGCCACCAGUCUCCACAGCCCCCCAGACCCUGCACAGCCCUCCCUCCUCACCCUGGGGGACUGGCACAGGCAGGAAGUCAUCGAGAGGCCCUGCCACCCAGCUGCUCCCGCUCUGCAAUAGCACUGAUCAGUGAACACUUACAGGAAUGUAGCGGGGAUGGAAUUACCUGGAACUGUUCUUUUUUGGGGAAAACUAAACACACACAGUUUUCUGUGUCAGGUGUUGGGCUGGAUGGGGCAGCUGUGUGUUGGGGUUUUUCUUUUUUUUUCCUGUUAUUUUGUUUGGGUUUCGUUUUUUAAUAAUGUUUACAAUCUGCCUCAAUCACUCUGUCUUUUAUAAAGAUUCCACCUCCAGUCCUCUCCCCUCCCCCCACCCAGGCCUUCGAGGCUGAUAGGAGAUGCUUGAAGAACUUAACAAAAUACCAAUCCAAGUCAAACUUUGCACAUAUUUAUAUUUAUAUUCAAAACAGAAACAUUUCAGUAAUUUAUAAUAAAGAGCACUAUUUUUUAAUGAAAAACCUGACUUGAGCCUUUCUCCCCCGCCCCUUCUGCCUCGCUUGCUCUUUCACCCACACCUACACUCCACAUCGGAGGGCGGCGGCUCUACCGCCUUGCUGCCCUGGCGCUCCUCGUGAUGGAAUCAAACUCGGCUUCACGUCACUGACAAGCUAAGGCAGCCACCUAGACUGUACCGAGAGGGGUAAUUCCUGCUAGUCUGAUUCAGAUCUGACCAGAAUAUGCAAAGCAAGUUCGAAGGAAGCGCUUCAAAGGGCUUGCAGGGAGUAUAAGCUGAGCUGUGGUCAAAGCUUUUAGAGGCUCCAAGCUAUUAGAGGCGCUGGGCUCCUUGGCAGGGAGGUGUUCCGAGAAAGCCCAGACUAUGGGGUCCUGGCGGUGACCCGUGACCUCAGCACAGCCGUGUCCAUGGGAGGUGGGGGGAGGGGGAGUCCCGAUGCAAACCCUGCAGGCAGUGGGGCCCUCCCCAGGGGUAGGAGCCCCAGCCUGAGAAGUGGAUGGGACCACAUGCCUCCCAAUAAGAGCAGCCAUCUAUUCACCUAUUUUCAGCCACUCCCACCCUCCGGGCACUCAGAGACCACCUGGGUUGCUGGUCACCUUCCCAGCCACCCCCACGAGGCUGGUGUUAUCACCGCAUGUUCUCAGGCCCAACUGUGUGCUCCAUGGGAGCGGGGACUUGGACUGGUCACUUCUGAUGCCUAGAACGGUGCUCAGUAAAUAUUUGUUGGCUGAGUGGGGGCAGCAUCUCAGAUUCACGGAGGUUAAGCAACCUGCCCAAGGACACACCUCUUGGGAAUGUGGGAAAGACACAGGUUAGGAAUCUGGGAGCCUUGGAUUUUUCCAAAGCCCAGGAACUCUCUCUGCCUCCCUUAAGUAAGCACAAAGUAUAUGCCCGGGGUUGCCCCUAGGUAGGUGCCCCCUGCAAAGUCAAGAGGUUGGUAACCGCCCCCCCCACACUCAGCACUAGGGUUCUGCUAAGAAGACAAACUAAAAGUGCCUGCUCUGUGACAUUUUCCUUCCAUGCUUCUUCCACCCCCAAGGCCCCAAGCCUGACAGCUGGAUCAGUGAUCUCCCCAAGUCAGGGGCCCCAUCCCCUCCUCUGCCUCAGAUGCCUGAAACAAAUGCCAGAGCCCUCUUCCUGGCCCCCGAUAAGCUGCUCAGGAAUCAGUGUCCAAAAGGCAACUGAGAGUAAAUAAACAAAGUCGUUUUUCUUUCCCAUUUCCUGGACUUUUGGGGAAAAUAACCUAAAGUGAUGAGAAAGGGCCAGGCCAGGCGUGAGACCGCUGAGUAGACAGAGCACGUUAGGAACCAGACCAGAGAGACUACCACCUCUGGAACUGGGAAUGCAGACCCAGGUAAGGUCACCUUCCCAGAGCACAAGGUCAGGUGAGGGGACCCAGUGGGGCCUUGCUCCCCAGUGCCUUGUAGGAGGAUGAGAGCCCGGGAGACUUUUUCCCCACCCCACCAUCUGCUGGCCUGACAGCCUCGAUGCAACCUUGGAACCCAGAGCACACGAAGGCCCCGUCCUUGGCCCAGAAGGCCGCUGUUUAGCCAGGAUGUCCAGUGUUUAGAGGGUGCUAACGAAAGGGCUUGCAGGGGGGAAGUGGCUCUCCCUACCCCUUGGAGGUGGAACUCAGAGGCAGAAGACCCCUGACUCCUUUCCCUCGCUGCCCACCCCACCCUUCUUCCUUCCCAUAGGUCUCUCCAUUUUCAGACCACAGACCGGACCAACCUUCUGGUUUGCAGACAAGUCAAAGUGACUCCCAGAGAAGGAAAGCAACUCACUGGGCUUCACACAGCAAGCGAACGGCAACAUCAAGACAAGAAUCUCUCAGACUGGUCUGCUCACCCACACUUUUCCCUGUUUUCCCUCCUUACACCAACCCGUGUUGCAGACGUCUUUCUGUACUUCUCAGUCCUUUCAGAGGCAGACACCGCUCCUCCAGAGGACUCUGUGGGCGACCCUCUGUCCUGGCCGCCAGAAGAGGGGCGAGCCUGGUUCCCAGAUUUGCUAAGAAGCGUCCUGCAGGGCAUAGGGAAAAUUCUUUGCGGCUUGAGCCUCAAAGGGGGUUAAGCACAGGGGGUUAAGCCCAGCUGGGGGUCCCUGGCCAACAGAAAGGGAGGAGAUGGAGCUCCCCAGACCGUGGGCCCUAUUACUCUGCUUCAAGCGCUGUAGGAAUCCACCCCCAAGAGGUCCUUAUCCUCUCCCCGGUGGUGCUGCCUUUGGGCAGGCCUCCUGAUGAGUUAGAGCCAGGAACGGGAACUCUGAGGCCUGCUCUGGGGGAGGGAAGGAAGUAGGCCACAGACAGGGGAGCUGGAGAUGGAAAAUAAGCGGGCACGUGUGUCCUAGUCUAAGGAUGUUUGCGAGGGGGCACCGCCGGAGUACCAGGCACAGAGAGAGAGAGAGAGAGAGAGAGAGAGAGAGAGAGAGAGAGAGAGAGAGAGAGACUGCAGACUCAGAUAGUCACAGAGGGAGUCUAAGCAGAGACAGAAGCCUGCGGGGUGGGGGACAAUGUGCACAGGGGCGGACCGGGAAGACCGAGACCGAGGUGGGAAGAACCCGGUCCCGGGCGCACCUUCCCGCGCCGCGUCCCGCCCCCUCCGGAUCGGGCGGCCGCCGGGCGAGCGGGCAGGCGGGCGCGUCGCUCUGGAGGCCGGCCUCUGCCAGGAAGAGUCACUUCCCGGACACCGCGGGAGCCCUGACGGAGCUAUGCGAAGAAUGUCCGCGCGAAGCCGGGCGGGUGGCAUCUCCCGGGCCCGCGCCGCCGCCGCCGCCGC